UAGUGCGUAAAUUGCAUAAUUUUACUAUUGAACGUGAUUUAAUUUACAUGUAUUGUCUAUUUACACGAAAAAAGCAUCAAAAUGAUUUGUUAAAACUUUUGUUUUCGUUUUUUGUGAUUAAUGAUUGCACGUAGACAAGAUUUAAUUUUAUUACAUAUUUUUGAAUCCAUAUUUAUAUACGACACACGAAAAAACCGUAAAAUUUUCAGUUUAUAAACAAUGCUUUAUUGUCCGCCCAAUGUAACGUUUUCCCAAAUUUGGGUUAAUCAUGGCAUAUCUCACUGUUUUAUGGAUACAGUGGGUACCUCAGUGUAUGCUGGAUUCAUACUCAUAUUUGGUUUUAUACAACUAAUGAUGUACCGAAAAUAUGCUACCCGCAUAACGGAUCCAACACUAAUAUCGAAAUCACGUCUAUAUGCAUUACAAUUAUUUUUACUGGGCCUAUUUCCAAUAUUGGCCAUAAUAAGAUUUUUAUUAAAUGCACAAAUAUAUUCCGAUAGUGCGGUUUAUGGAUAUAUGAUACUUUCUACAGCGCUUAUUUGUUUCGCAUAUCCAUUUUCCAUAUGUCUCAUUAUUAAGGAGCGUAAUUAUCAAUUACCUUCCUUACCAACACGAGGACAUGGCUUAAUAUUGUUAUUAUUUUGGACCUUAGCCUUAAUUAAUGAAUCUUUAUCAUUAAUUAAUUUACGACAUGAGGAUUGGUGGUUCAAUUUAAAAACUAAUAAAGAUGAAAUUGAAAUGGGUUUCUUUGUGGCACGGUACCUAAUGUCUCUGCUCAUAUUUGUAUUAGGCCUAAAAGCUCCUGGUAUUAUGUACCCCACUAAUCCUCAUCAACGUUUAAAUGAGGAUCCAGAACAAAACAACGACAAUACGAACAGAGGCUCAGCAUUUAAAAAUGCUUAUAAAAAACUACGCAAACUCUUUCCUUAUCUUUGGCCUAAGAAAGAUAUGGUUUUACAAAUUACUGUGCUGAUUUGUAUAAUAUUAUUGUUAGCUGGACGCGUUAUUAAACUUUUCUUACCCAUUUAUCGUAAAAAAUUAGUUGACAGUUUAACUAUAGAACCAAUAGUAUUUCGUUGGGAUUUCGUUUUGAUAUAUGUUGCACUCUCAUUCGUACAAGGCGGUGGCACCGGUACAAUGGGUGUCUUCAAUAAUCUGCGCUCAUUUUUAUGGAUACGCGUUCAACAAUAUACCACCAGAGAAAUCGAAGUAGAUCUGUUUAGACAUUUACAUCAACUGUCAUUACGUUGGCAUCUGCAAAGAAAAACAGGCGAGGUUCUGCGUGUUAUGGAUCGUGGCACUGACUCAAUUAAUAAUCUCUUAAAUUAUAUAAUAUUUUCUAUAACACCAACAAUUGUUGAUUUGAUUGUUGCUGUAGUUUUCUUUAUUUAUGCCUUCAACUGGUGGUUUGGACUUAUUGUUUUCGCUACCAUGUUCCUUUAUAUAUUGGCUACUAUAAUGGUAACUGAAUGGCGUACCAAAUACCAACGUCGUAUGAAUCUAGCAGAUAAUGAGCAACGUACCCGUAGUGUGGACUCUUUACUAAAUUUCGAAACCGUAAAAUAUUAUGGAGGAGAAAAAUAUGAAGUAGACGCUUAUCGGGAAUCUAUUUUAAAAUAUCAGAAAGAAGAAUUCUUGACUUUACUUACGCUUAAUUUGUUAAACACAUCACAAAAUAUAAUAUUAUGUAUCGGUUUACUUUGUGGCUCCAUGCUUUGUGUUUAUCUUGUGGUUCAUCACCAGACACUUACUGUCGGCGAUUUCGUACUGUUUUUUACAUAUUUAAUGGAUCUCUACAUGCCAUUGAAUUGGUUUGGAACUUAUUAUCGCGCUAUACAAAAGAACUUUGUUGAUAUGGAGAAUAUGUUUGAUCUCCUUAAGGAAGAAGAAGAAAUUAUUGAUGCACCAGGUGCUGCGCCUUUACUCACUGCUGGUGGUGGCAUAGAGUUUUCAAAUGUUACAUUCGGUUAUUCACCUGAAAAAGUAGUUCUUCGUAAUGUUAGUUUUAAGGUACCGCCAGGAAAGACUAUCGCUAUUGUUGGUCCUUCAGGUGCAGGUAAAAGUACAAUCGUAAGACUGCUUUUCCGUUUCUAUGAUGUGCAAGGAGGUGCUAUAUCUAUAGAUGAUCAAAAUAUAAAAUUAGUGCAACAAGAAACAUUACGUAAAGCAAUUGGUGUUGUACCGCAAGAUACUGUACUAUUUAAUAAUACAAUUUAUUAUAAUAUCGAAUACGGAAAAAUUGGUUCGAAUGCUGAUGAGGUUUAUGAAGCAGCUCGCAAUGCUGAUAUACAUGAACGUAUACUUAAUUUCCCUGAUCGUUAUGAGACAAAAGUUGGUGAACGUGGCCUACGUUUAAGUGGUGGUGAAAAACAACGUGUUGCUAUAGCACGUACAAUACUCAAAUCACCAAUUGUAGUUUUAUUGGAUGAAGCAACAUCCGCACUGGAUACUAAUACAGAACGUAAUAUACAAUCCGCACUAUCACGUGUUUGUGCCAAUCGUACAACUGUUAUAAUUGCACAUCGUUUGUCUACUAUUAUACAUGCCGAUGAAAUUCUAGUUUUGAAAGAUGGUUCAAUUGCUGAACGAGGUAGACACGAUGAAUUACUGCAAAUGGAUGGUGGUUUAUAUGCAGAAAUGUGGUUACAACAACUAAAAAAUUUAGAUAGCCACAGUGAUGAGAAUAUUGAGAAUAUAGGAACAGAUGUAAAUAUGCCAACAUCAAGUAAUGCCAAGGGUGGUGGCACGAGUGCCUUAUUGAGAUCUGGACAUGGGCAUGGCGGUGGUCAUUAGAAAUUAUCAACUAUAUUUAUGUUAUUUAUGAUAUAUAAGAUGUGGCAAAAUGCUAAUAUUUAAAUUCCAUAUUAUGAAAAUUAUUUUUUUCCUUGAAUCCUAAAAAAAAUACAAUGUGAUGUUAAAAAGCUUACAGAUCUACAAAAAAAUAAAUAUUUUUAUAAAUUUUAAAAAA